CCAAUGGAGCCUCCUCCGACCAGCCACGUCACCACCGCCUUCUCCGACUCCGACAGCGUCUCCAUGGAGGUCUCCGGCGACGCGCCCGACCCGGACCUGGAGGCGCUCCGCCGCCUCUCCGACAACCUCGCCGCCGCCUUCCGCUCGCCCGAAGACUUCGCCUUCCUCGCCGACGCCAGCGUCGCCGUGCCGGGCGCGCCCGACCUGCGCGUCCACCGCUGCGUGCUCGCCGCCCGGAGCCCCUUCCUGCGCGCCGUCUUCGCGCGCCGCGCCGCCGCCUCGCCGCCCGGCGCGGAGGCGGAGGGCGUCCGGCUGGACCUCCGGGAGCUCCUCGGCGACGAGGUGGAGGUCGGGUACGAGGCGCUGCAGCUCGUGCUCGACUACCUCUACAGCGGCCGCGUCGUCCGCGACCUCCCCAAGUCGGCCUGCGCCUGCGUCGACGACGACGGCUGCCGCCACGUCGGCUGCCACCCCGCCGUCUCAUUCAUGGCGCAGGUCCUCUUCGCCGCCUGCACCUUCCAGGUCGUCGAGCUCACCAGCCUCUUCCAGCGGCGUCUCCUUGAUGUACUUGAUAUGGUGGAAGUGGAUAACCUUCCUUUGAUCUUAUGUGUUGCAAACUUGUGCAAUAAAUCUUGCACGAAACUGCUCGAAAGAUGCCUUGAUAUGGUGGUCCGGUCAAAUCUUGACAUGGUUACUCUUGAGAAAGCGUUGCCUUCAGAUGUUAUCAAGCAAAUUACUGAUUCACGGCUAAGUCUCGGAUUAGUUUCACCUGAAGACAAUGGAUUUCCUAACAAACAUGUAAGAAGGAUACUCAGUGCUCUUGAUUCUGAUGAUGUGGAGCUUGUCAGGAUGCUGCUCAAGGAAGGGCACACUAAUCUUGAUGAUGCAUUUGCAUUGCACUAUGCUGUAGAACACUGUGAUUCAAAAAUCACAACAGAACUGCUGGACCUCACACUUGCAGAUGUUAAUCUAAGGAACCCAAGAGGUUAUACCGUUCUUCAUAUCGCUGCCAGGCGAAGAGAUCCUAAAAUUGUUGUGUCCCUUUUAACAAAGGGUGCUCGGCCUUCUGAUCUUACAAUUGAUGGAAGAAAAGCAGUUCAAAUUUCUAAGAGACUCACAAAAUAUGGGAAUCACUUUGGUAUUACUGAAGAAGGAAAACCGUCUCCUAAAGACUGGUUAUGCAUUGAGAUACUGGAGCAAGCAGAAAGAAGGGAUCCACAACUUGGAGAAGCAUCGGUUUCUCUUGCAAUGGCUGGUGAAUGUCAACGUGGAAGGUUGUUGUACCUUGAAAACCGAGUUGCUUUGGCGAGGAUAAUGUUUCCAAUUGAGGCAAGAGUAGCAAUGUACAUUGCUCAAGUGGAUGGUACUUUGGAAUUUAACCUUGGUUCUGGUGCAAAUCCACGUCCUGAGAUACAAGGGGGGACUGUUGAUCUAAAUGAAACUCCUUUCAUAAUGAAGGACGAACACUUAGCUCGGAUCAGAGCCCUCUCAAAAACAGUUGAACUUGGUAAGCGCUUCUUCCCACGCUGUUCCAAUGUGCUGGACAAGAUCAUGGAUGAUGAAGCUGAGCUGGCUGCCCUCGGAAGAGAUACAUCCACAUCCACUGACAAGAAGAGGAGGUUUCAUGAUCUACAGGACUUGCUUCUGAAGGCAUUCGACGAGGACAAGGAGGAGAAUGACAGGUCGGCCCUUUCAUCUUCCUCAUCGUCGACGACGACAUCCAUUGGAGCAGGGAGAUUGACAGUUCGGCCUAGGAGAUGAGCACCUUGGCCGCAUUCUUGCCAUAUUUGUAGCUGAUUUUCUGUCUGAAGAUGGUCGUCAGGUUUUCUUAUUCUUCUGUUCCUCUUUUGUGUGGAAAAGAUGCUUCUUUUCCAUUUAACGUACUCAAAAUAGUACUACCAGUCUAGCAUCAUGGUCAGAUAGGGUUAGUGAUGAUGCUGUUGGCUUGGCCCUGUAGAUCUCCUAGUUAUGCUCCACUUUUUGCUUGUACAGUAACAGUAGUUCAGGCAGCUCUCGCUGUGG